AAUUCCCGGGAAUUUUACAUCACUAGUGGUGUCUAUAAUCAAUUCCUGUGGGGUAUGAGGAUUGCUCCGGUAAACAAAAUUUCUUUAAGCAGCUCCUCAGGAAAAAGUCAAAACAUGACAGAUCAGGGGAUGUGGUUGUCACAAUCCUGUUGAAAUGAUCCCUACAUAAAAAGUCCUGUAGCGAAUUCCUGUGUUCAAAAGUAAAUACUUGACCUUCACUAGUUCAACAGCUAUGCACAAGGAAUGAAUAGCCAUCCCUACUCUACCUCCAGUCAUAUAAACAUUAGAAUCAGUAUCUUAACAGUUUUACAAAAAUCAUGCAUUUUCCAAAUAAAACAUUUAGUCCAGGUUAAUGAGCAACAGGUUCUGUUUUAAAUUAAACACUCUGUAUAUUGUGAAUGUGGAUUUUUGUGAUUUGUCAUGUGUGAAUUACAUCACUUGCUGAUUGAUUGAAGUUCUUUGAUUGUUAUUUGAACCUUGUGAUUUCAGGAACCAUCAUCAGCUGAUAGUGGGAGUGAUUCAUCUGCAGAAGAGGAGGAAGAAGGAAACAAUGAAGAAAUGGUAGGAGAGGGGAGGGUUUCAUGCAAGACUACUUCUAAAAAGCUUCAUCAAUGUAAAUUCUGUGCAAAGAGCUUCUCUCAGACUUGUAAUUUGACUGCUCAUAUGCGUACUCACACCAAAGAGAAGCCUUAUCAUUGUACAGUCUGUACAAAAACGUUCUCUCAGUCUGGUCAUCUAACUAUUCACAUGCGUACUCACACCAAAGAGAAGCCAUUCCAGUGUACAGUCUGCACCAAAAGGUUCUCUGAGUCUGGUGCCUUGACUAAGCAUAUGCGUACUCACACCAAAGAGAAGCCUUAUCAUUGUACAGUCUGUACAAAAACGUUCUCUCAGUCUGGUCAUCUAACUAUUCACAUGCGUACUCACUCCAAAGAGAAGCCAUUCCAGUGUACAGUCUGCACCAAAAGGUUCUCUGAGUCUGGUGCCUUGACUAAGCAUAUGCGUACUCACACCAAAGAGAAGCCUUUUCAGUGUACAGUCUGCACCAAAAGGUUCUCUGUGUCUGGUGCCUUGACUGAGCAUAUGCGUACCCACACCAAAGAGAAGCCAUUCCAGUGUACAGUCUGUGCGAAAAGGUUCUCUCAGUCUGGUCAUCUAACUAUUCACAUGCGUACUCACACCAAAGAGAAGCCAUUCCAGUGUACAGUCUGUGCCAAAAGGUUCUCUCUGUCUAGUAAUUUGACUGUUCACAUGCGCACUCACACCAAAGAGAAGCCAUUCCGGUGUACAGUCUGUACAGAAAGAUUUUCCCAGUCUAGUCAUUUGGCAUUGCAUAUGCGUACUCACACGAAAGAGAAACCAUUCCAGUGUACAGUCUGUGCGAAAAGGUUCUCUCAGUCUGGUAAUUUAACUUGUCAUAUGCGCACUCACACCAAUGAGAGACCAGUCCUGUGUACAGUAUUUAGAAAAAGUUCUCUCAGUGUGGAAAAGUGAAUCAUAAUAUGCGUUGUCAAACAUCAGUUUAGAAUAUCUGAGUUUCUUCUCUAUUGGUGUGUUGUCUGUGUAAUAUCUCUCCAAUACAUUUCUUAUUAAAAAAAACUAAAUUAUUUGGUAGAUUUGCAUUGCAAAAUAAGUUGACUGGAUGUUCCAUCCACAAUUAUUAUGAAUUAAUUUUUCAAAUAUCAAUAUGGUGUGUAUAACAUAAGUUGUGACUUAUGUUGCCAAAUUGUGCAAAAUUUCAAUCUUUUCAUGCGAGUCCAUAUGACAGGAUCUAUUCAAUUGGACAACACUGUCGAUGCUGAGUUGUCAAUAUGAAUAUAUCCAGUUAUAUGGGCUUACAUGAACAAAUUGAAAUUUUGCACAAUUUGGAAACACGUAUAUUUUCUCCAAGCCUCAACUAAUUUUAUAGAAACUCUUGUAUCAUGUUAUAUUGUUCUUAGCUACAUAAUAGUGUAUUCAUAGAUACGUAAGCUCCCAUUGUAAAAAUUGUAAAAUGAAUAAAUAGAUGAAAAAAUAAGCCGACUCCCACAUUUGAGGUUUAAGCAACAAUCAAUACGGUAUAAAUAGAAAAAAACAUGAGACAUUAGUGCAAUAUUUUCACAUUUGGAUCGUUCACCAGAACGUUCUUCAACAUUGUAGAUAUAUACUUAAUCUACAAAAUACUCUAUCUCAAUAUUAUGUAAAUUUAUUAUUGAAUCGAGAAAUAGAGAAGGCUAUAAUGCAGUAUUUGAUUAACAUUGGCGUUGCUAUCCUUGUAUAUCAAUCAACAAAGCAGACAGUGGUAUCAUUUUCUACCUCUGCAACUUUGCCAGAUCGUUCUUCAACUAUGUAUAAAUAUUAUUUAUUUACAAAAUACUUCAUUUCAAUUAUACAAAUCAAUUAUUGAAUCAACAGAUAGGAGGUUCAGAAAUCUGUUUGUAAUAUUCCUUGUAAAUAAUCCCUUAUAUGGAGAGAAACUUAUAUUCGAGGGUUUUUAAAUUAAUAGAAAAUAAUGUACUGUACAUAUUAUAGUAAAUGGAUGUCAAUUAGAGUCCAAUUUUUGUGAAUGUUUAUUGUUGUGUUGUAUAAACCUUGUACUUAUUGUGCUGUAUUGUAUUGUGUUGUGUUUACAGGCCUGGUUAUGUCAAAUUGUGAUGUUCUAUUGAGUCAUUAGCCUCAAAAUAUUUUUAAAAGAUAAAUUCUAUUCUAUUCUUAUCUUUGUGUUCUCAUAAUGAUAAAUAACUUGUCACUUGUGUAUUAUGAAAUAUGUGUAAUAAUAAUGUAAUACUAUUUAUAUUAAAUUUGAAUAUUCUGUGUUGAAA